AUGGGUGUUUGUGCUUUUUGCACUUGCCAUCCACAAUGUGGAUGCCAACCGCAUCAGCACGCACUCCAUCGACACCAGCGGAAGCGCUGUCAUGAAAGAGGAGGGACCAGGGGGUCCGCCGCAUCGAAGAGUCCACAGACAUCGGAUGAACCGGAGAACAGCACGGACCAGGCAGGCCUGAGCGACGCUGCCUCCGCAGUGAUCGCCGCACUGAACCAGUACGUUGCCAAUCAGAAGUCCAGCUCUGAUUCUCGAAUCGACCAGCAACGGGCACAGUCCAUCGAGCUGUUGAAGCAGCCAGCUGCUGAACAGAUUGUUGCUUACAUCGAGCAGCAGGCUUCGACUAUCGAGCAGUUGCGCCGGGAGAAAGCGCAGUUGAGGGGCUACUUUGAGUGGAACAUCACCAGUGAAGAUUACUCGGGCCUGGCGAAUGGCGAGUCCGUAGACAGUCCUCACUUCAGCCUAGGGCUCGGGAGCGAGUUUUGGCUCAGGUACUAUCCGAAAGGGGUUGCAAAUCUGCAGAUUGGUGGACGAGCAUCCCUCUUUUUAGUGAGCAACGUGAAGGCUGUUGUUUGGGCAACUCUCGCUGUGGACUCCGCCAUAGAAACAAUGAGUCCUUCAAGCCGCACGUUUAUGUACAGCACUGGCUAUCUAAAUAUGUGCGCAUCGGGGAAGCACCAUCUACUAUUUGCGCAUAUCACGAAGGUGGAGUUCGAGAGUCCUCUGAACUUCACCGGCCGGUGA